CGACGCAAAGCUUGGUUUGAUGUGAUAGAGAGCAGGGAGAGCGCCUCUUUUCCUUUCUUUAAGUUUUCGAAUUGGAAUUCAAGAACGGACGGGCGAGAGAGAGAGAGAGAGAUGUAGUUUUUCGUCUCCUUCUGUCUCGCUCUCUCUCUGUCGCCCCGCCCACCCGCCUCCCUAUUCUCCGUCGCUUCCCUCAUCCAUCUUUUCCUCUUCUCUCUUGCCGACACUGAUCCGCCUUGCCUCGAGCCUCAGACUUGCUAUCGACCUGCUCUCUCUCUGAAGCCUUUCAGCUGCAUCAUGACUCGCCUCUCGGCUGCCGUGGUGUGCCUCAUCUUCCUGGUGUCGGCUGCCCUGGCCGACGAUGCUUCGCGCAACGGGCUCCGCUCCAUGCGCGGCAAGAACGGUGCUGCCAGUGAUCAAGGUACAUAGGAAUGAGACCAGAUGCCUGCACAUUACAGCCCAUCACAUCACUUGUCUGCCUGUCGUCUCUCUCUCCCUUUUUUUGUGCAGCUGCGGAUGAUCUUGUGUACGGCCUCAGGUGGACACACAGCAUCCCCGAGCUGGACAGCAUGCCUGAGGAGCCACCCCAGCAUCGCGCCCUGUGGCCCAAGAUCAGUGCACCCAAGAUCAGCCCGCCCAAGAUCAAAAGCCCCGAUCUCGGCAAUCUGGGUAAGGCAGCAGGCACGGCUGCUGGGGGGGCUGUUGGGACCAAGUAUGGAGGCCCUGUUGGAGGCGCAGCUGGCGCGGCCGCUGGGGGCCGAUUGGGAGAAAAGGCCGGAAACUGGGCGGAGGAGCGGCUUGGCGGCUCCUUUGGGUACAGACGUCUGAGUGACGACACGGCCGAUGCAGAGGUAGGAGGGAUGGGAGAGAGGCACUGGGCUUGCUUCAGCAGUUGUUCGCAUCGCACCCCAUCUCAUUGCUUGCUGUCUGUCUGUCUGUCUGUGAGUGCAGGAAGCCGCGGAUGAUCUUGUGUCCGGCCUCGAGGACAAGGACGCUGAGGAGCAUGAGGAGGAGCCACCCCAGCAUCGCGCUCUGUGGCCCAAGAUCAGUGCGCCCAAGAUCCCCGCGCCCAAGAUCCCCAGCCCCGAUCUCGGCAAUCUGGGUAAGGCAGCAGGCACGGCUGCUGGGGGGGCUGUUGGGACCAAGUAUGGAGGCCCUGUUGGAGGCGCAGCUGGCGCGGCCGCUGGGGGCCGAUUGGGAGAAAAGGCCGGAAACUGGGCGGAGGAGCGGCUUGGCGGCUCCUUUGGGUACAGACGUCUGAGUGACGACACGGCCGAUGCAGAGGUAGGAGGGAUGGGAGAGAGGCACUGGGCUUGCUUCAGCAGUUGUUCGCAUCGCACCCCAUCUCAUUGCUUGCUGUCUGUCUGUCUGUCUGUCUGUGAGUGCAGGAAGCCGCGGAUGAUCUUGUGUCCGGCCUCGAGGACAAGGACGCUGAGGAGCAUGAGGAGGAGCCACCCCAGCAUCGCGCCCUGCAGUUCAGCCUGCCCAAGAUCCCCAGCCCCGAUCUCGGCAAUCUGGGUAAGGCAGCAGGCACGGCUGCUGGGGGGGCUGUUGGGACCAAGUAUGGAGGCCCUGUUGGAGGCGCAGCUGGCGCGGCCGCUGGGGGCCGAUUGGGAGAAAAGGCCGGAAACUGGGCGGAGGAGCGGCUUGGCGGCUCCUUCGGGUACUAGACUGGUAGAUGAAUUGCGGACGCUUCCAUGGUGUUGUGGGGCCGGGAGGGAGGAGUGAGAGGCGUCCUCUUGGGUCAUGGGCCAUGUCAUGUAUGCCCUGUCUGUCUUUUCCCAUUCCCGUGUAUGUAUGUACCCCACUUAUGUGUGUGCGUGUAUGUGCGUGUAGACAGACAGGUAAGCAGGUAGAUCGGUUCGGCGCUGCCGUGCCAUUAGCGCACGGUACACAGAUGCAAUGGGCAAUGGGGUCGGCUGACUGGAUGCUAUCAUGAUGACACGAGGCUGGGGCUUCGUGAAUUUCAUGGUUACAUGGAUAUACAAGUGUACACUGGGCAGAUCGCUUCGGCCGUGAACAUGCACAGUGGUGUGUCACCCUUUUGCCUCGGGCCGUGUGUCUUUUCGCGCUCUCAUGUAUGAAUGUGUGUUUGUGUGCACGUGUAGAUAGGCAGGCAGGUCGGUACGAAGGGUAGUCGCUGCCGUGCCAGUAGCGUACGGUACACAGAUACAAUGCACUGGAUGGAUGGUGUGACGAUGAUGCACGAGGCUGGGGCUUCGUGGAUUGCGUGCUCACAUACGUGUGUUUGUACACUACGCGUUGCUCAAAUGAUUUGAGUUGGUUAUUUGUGGGAACCAUAGCGUGGGCGGCUGUGGUUUUCAUCUGACUGACUGUCGAUACGUGUACGUGAAUGUGUGAUGUGCCGUGUGGCCGAGUGGGCUGUGUGAGUGUCUGUGGGCCGAGUGCACGUACAACACUGAUGGGAUAAAUGGAUGGAUGAGAUUACGGUCGAGUGGAGUUCAUGCCGCACUUUUCGCCUUCUUCGCUAUUCGUCG